UGUUGUGCACCACUAGCGCAUACUAAACACACACACACACACACACUGGAUACUUUGGAACUUUCCCCAUCCCGGAAUAAUAACGUCGAGUUCCCAAACAACACAAGAAACGUGACGUUUUUUUGUUUUUUUAUUGGAAUACCGGAAGAAGUUAGCUCAUUGUCAGCAGUGGAUCCUAUUGGCUGGAGGAUGGUAGCAUGUAUGGAUGCAUAUUCCACGGUCUAAACAACGAAGAAUGACCAUGGAUUUUUCCCAACUGCACACAUACACGCCGCCACAGUGUGCUCCGGAGAACACCGGCUAUACCUACUCCCUCAGCUCCAGCUAUUCAACCGCAGCAUUAGAGUUUGAGAAGGAGCACCAGAUCGCUCCAGUGUACGAGUCCCCCAGGAUGUCCCGGCGGAGCUUGCGUUUGCAAACCAGUGCCAGUCACCAUGGUAACGACAGCCAGGGUGACUUCACGCAGAACCAGAGCAACAGUAGCUACACUACCAAGAGAGAGUCACGGACCCUGCGGAGUAGGAAGCUGCAGGCCAGUUCCAACUCCAUGUCGCUGUCCCUAAGCCAAGCUGCAACUCCGAGGACAACCCUCAGUUUCCUAGCUGUUAGUACCCCCAUUAACAGCAGCAGUAGAAGCAUCGAGGAAAGCAACACUGUGUCUGAUGCCUCAUUGCACACGACUGCGAUGGACCAGAUGCACCUGAGGCAGCGCACCAUUACUAAAACCACUACAACUGUGGACGGCAACUGGGGCAUGACUUCUCACUCUGAGCAGAGCGCGUCAAGCGUCAACGGCGACAUCAGCCCGUCAAACUCUCACACAACGCUCGCCAACGGUUACGUCUGUAAAGACUGCUCCUUUCACUCUCAACAAAUGGAUUCCCACACCACACACUCGUCUUUAUCGACAUCACAUGCUGCAGACGUCUCCACGGCGGAUGCGUUCUCCUACUCGUCGUCAUCACCCUUCACAAAUAUAUACUCCAGGGACAGGAGUCGCAAGAGCAAGACAGGUGUCUUAACGUCCGUGUCCAAUACGUGUGUGCGCUUGAGCAAGAAAGUUCUGGCUCCUUUCGUGUCCUUCUUCACUUUGCUCUACAGCAGUGUGUGCUGGCUGUCUGCGCGGACAAACAUGGCGCGAGAAAGAGGUGUGUUUGCAUCAUGUACAGACUCCAUGAGACGGACAAUGUCCUCCAGUUUGUCUCAAGUUUGGCUUUUAAAGCAAAACACUCUGGGCAGAUUGAUUGGCAACAAGUCAGAAGACUCUCAAGUACAAGCUCACUCAAGUUUCUGCGGGAGCAUGAAUGUAGUAAAUGAUCUGGCAAAUGAAGAUGCAUCACAUCUCAAUCUCAAUGGUUCCCUGUGUGAUGACUGUAAAGGGAAGCAGUUCUCUGAGACACAGACCGUCCUCCUCACACAGUCCUCCAGGUCUCAGCGCUUGGUGGGGGCGCUGUGGAGCCUACUGGCUUACACAGGUCACUACCUCCUCCAGCCGGGUUAUUUUGUGGCGAGAGGUGCUAAAGCUUUGGGUUCAAGUGUUGGGACAAUGACACGGAGGAUCCUCACACUAUUGUGGACGGCUGUAACAGCACCAGUGAAGGCGGGCCGGAGUCUGCUGUGGAUUCUUGCCACUGGCUGGUACCAGCUCGUGUCCCUCAUGUGUAUUCUCAAUGUCUUCUUUCUGACACGAUGCCUUCCCAAGCUCUGGAAGCUUCUCCUGCUUCUUCUGCCCCUUCUGCUCCUCUUAGCUUUGUGGCUAUGGGGUCCGUCCAUCGCUGCCCUCUUAGCCUUCCUCCCAGCCGUAAACAUCACUGAGUGGCGUCCAUCCUCUCCCAUUACUUUCUUGUCCAACUUGGUGCCUGCCGCUGCUCCAAUUCUUUCACCAAGACCAGAGUCACCACUUGCUCAGACACCAGCCACAACGGUUUCUCAGGCACCACCAAUUGUUGUCCCGAGUCUGGACUUGGAACGCCUUGAACGUUUGGAGCGCCAGCUCGCCAUGUUGUGGGAACGAGUCCAACAGAGUGACGAGAAGCAGGAGCAGCAUCACACGGACAUAUUGAGUCUGUACAACAGCCUGAAGGAGAAGCUCCACACCGAGACAGACAGGGAGAGACUGGGCUUGUGGGUGUCAUCCCUGCUCGAGCAGAGGUUGGGCGUGCUGCGAGGAGAUCUCAAGCAGGACAGCAUACUCAGAGUGCAGAGCGAGGAGCAGCUGAAAGUGCUUCAAGAGAGUCAAACAACACGCUUAGCUGAUUUGGAAUUGCUGCUCAGCGCUUUGGCUGCCAAGACUGAGGGGGUGCAGCAGAAACAGCGGCAAUAUGAGCUUGAGAAAGAGGACGUGAAAAAGGAAUUUGUCGUUGCGGUAGAAGACACACCUCCCCUUAGUGUGGGUGUGCAGCAGGAGGACCAUGAUGCUUUGCUGGCAGAGGUACGAAGACUUGAGUUGGACCUGGGCAGAAUCAGGCAGGACCUGCAAGGUGUUAUGGGAUGUAAGGGCAAGUGUGAGCAGCUGGACUCGCUGCAGGAGACGAUAACUGCGCAGGUGUCCUCCCAGGUGCGUAAGGAGUUGCAUGCUCUGUUCUAUGGCAGCGGCUCGUCGGGAGAGGGUCAAGGGGAGGUGCCAGAGUCUCUGGUCCUCUGGCUUUCUCAGCGCUACGUGAGCACGCCCGAUCUGCAGGCAUGGCUCGCCUCUCUGGAACAGAGAAUCAUGAGGAACGUGUCCAUGCAGCUGGAGCUUAACCGAGCUCAGACUCUCGUUGAGACAGAGUCCAAGGCGUCUUUGGCGCACACAGUGACCGACUCUGUGCAUAUUGCUACUGCAGCCGAAGGGCUGACAGAAGAGCAUGUAAAGCUGAUUGUCCAGAAUGCGUUGAAGCUCUACUCUCAGGACAGGACUGGUCUGGUGGACUAUGCCCUGGAGUCUGGAGGUGGCAGUAUCCUCAGUACUCGCUGCUCUGAAACAUAUGAGACCAAGACGGCCCUCAUGAGCCUGUUUGGUCUCCCACUCUGGUACUUCUCCCAGUCUCCGCGUGUUGUCAUCCAGCCUGACAUGUACCCGGGUAACUGCUGGGCAUUCAAAGGCUCGCAGGGUUAUCUGGUGAUCAGGCUUUCACUAAGGAUCAAGCCCACAUCCUUCUGCUUGGAGCACAUCGCCAAAGCCCUGUCACCGACUGGAAACAUCACCAGUGCCCCUCAGAACUUCACAGUCUUUGGUCUAGAUGAUGAGUAUCAAGAAGAGGGCGAUUUGCUUGGUCAAUACACUUACCAGGAAGACGGAGAAUCAAUGCAGAUUUUCCCCGUUCAGGAGCCGACUGCCAAGGCCUUUCAGAUAAUAGAGGUGCGCGUGUUGUCUAAUUGGGGACAUCCAGAUUACACCUGCUUGUAUCGCUUCCGAGUCCACGGAGAGCCAAGGCCUCAGUGAACCAACUACCACUAUAUAUACACGCACACUCUCAAUAUAUUUUUAAAAAACUCAACCUAUCUGUAAAUAGCUCUUCCAACUCCUGAGGUGAAGACGCUCCUGUUGAUGUUUAUAUGCGAGAGAAUAUCCAAAAGAUUGUCGAAAGAAAGUAAGCCAAACUGGAUCACGGAGGUGGGUUUGUGUUGCUGAAAUACUCACGAGGAUGUCUGCAUGAGUGAACAAAAGAAGAUUUGAAGUCCAAAUCGUGUUUUCCUCUUGCACUGAAUCAACACAUGAGGGCACAAGACAAAACAAUUGGAAAGGAAUUAGGACAUACCGCAUCCCGAUCUCAUUUGGGGUGUGUUCUAAGUCAUCCACAAUAAAUGUUUCCUCUUGUAUUUUACUUUGGGUGGCUGGGCAUCAUGCCACUUUUUUUGGGUUGGUCAGAAAAUCUGAAUGUUUUUCUACUUUGGAGGCUUGAUGCAAGUCCCCCUUUAAGCGCACUGCAGCACUACACUGAACAAAAAUAUAAAUGCAAAUCUUCUGUUUUUACUCCUAUUUUUCAAGAGUUGAACUCAUAAAGAUCUACAACUUUUACUAUAUACACAAAAUACCUACUACUCUCAAAUAGUUUUUCAUAAAUCUGUGUUAGUGAGCAUUUCUUUUUUUGCCAAGAUAAUCCAUCCCACCUCACAGUUGUAGCAUAUCAGGAUGCUGAUUAAACUGCAUGAUUAUCGUACAGGUGUGCCUUAGGCUGCCCACAAUAAAAGGCCACGCUGAAAUGUGCAGUUUUAUAACAGCACAAUGCCACAGAUGAUGCAGGUUUUGACUGCAGGAAUGUCCACCAGAGCUGUUGCCCAUUAAUUGAUUGUUCAUUUCUCCACCAUGAGCCGUCUCCAAAGGCGUUUCAGAGAAUUUGGAAGUACAUCCAACCGGCCUCACAAAACGCAGACCACAUGUUACCACGCCAGCCCAGGACCUCCACAUCCAGAUUGUGCAUUUCUCCACCAUAAGUCGUCUCCAAAGUCGUUUCAGAGAAUUUGGAAGUACAUCCAACCGGCCUCACAAACGCAGACCACAUGUUACCACACCAGCCCAGGACCUCCACAUCCAGGAGGUGCACCUCCAUGAUUGAGACCAGCCACCCAGACAGCUGCUGCAAUAAUUAGUUUGCAGAAUCAAAGAAUUUCUGCAGAGACCGACAAACUGUCUCAGGGAUGCUCAUCUGCAUGCUCGUCGUCCUCAUCGGGGUCUCGACCUGACUGCAGUUCGUCGUCGUAACUGACUUGAGUGGGCAAAUGCAGAUAUUCAAUGGCGUCUGGGAUGUUGGAGAGGUUCUAUUCACGGAUGAAUCCCAGUUUUUACUUCUGGGCAGUUGGCAAACUGGCGUCAACGUUGUGCAGGUGCACCUCCAUGAUUGUCUUGAGACCAGCCACCCGGACAGCUGCUGUAACAAUUGGUUUCCAAAACCAAAGAAUUUCUGCAGAAACCGACAAACUGUCUCGGAUGCUCAUCUGCAUGCUCAUCGGGGUCUCGACCUGACUGCAGUUCGUCGUCGUAACCGACUUGAGUGGGCAAAUGCUGAUAUUCAAUGGCGUCUGGGAUGUUGGAGGGGUUCUAUUCACGGAUGAAUCCCAGUUUUUACUUCUGGGCAGUUGGCAAACAGCGUGUGUGGCGUCAACGUUGAUGUCAACGUUGUGAAUUGAGUGGCCCAUGGUCGAGGUGGGGUUAUGGUAUGGGCAGGCAUAUGUUACGAACAACGAACACAAUUGCAUUUUAUUGAAAGCAUUUUGAAUGCACAGAGAUACCGUGACGAGAUCCUGAGGCGCAUUGUUGUGCCAGUCACCCGAGACCAUCAUCUCAUGUUGCGGCAUGACAAUGCACAGCCCCAUGUUGCAAGGGUCUGUGUACAAUUUCUGGCCAGCAUACUCCCAUUGAGCAUGUUUGGGAUGCUGUGAAUCGGCGUAUAUGUGUUCCAGUUCCUGCCAAUAUUCAGCAACUUCGCACAGCAAUUGAAGAGGAGUGGACCAACAUUCCACAGGCCACAAUCCACAACUGUGCAGUGCAAUACAAAAAUGUGUUGCACUGCAUGAGGCAAAUGGUGGUCACACCAGAUACUGACUGCUCUUUGACCCCCCCAGACCUCAAUAAAGCAAAACUGCACAUUUCAGAGUGGCCUUUUGAUUUGGUCAGCCUAAGGCACACCUGUGCAAUAAUUAUGCCGUUUAAUCAGCAUCUUGAUAUGCCACAUUUGUGAGGUGGGAUGGAUUAUCUUGGUAAAGUAGAAGUGCUCACUAACACAUAUUUGUGAACAUUUGAGAGGAAUAGGUCUUUUGGGUAUAUAGUAAAAGUUUUAGAUAUUUGAGUUCAACACGAAAAAUGGGAGAAAAAACAAAAGUUGCGUCUAUAUUUUUGUUCAGUAUAUAAACCACUGACCUAAGGAGCUCUGUACAUUAGCCAGCAUUGAUAUAGCGUGUGUGUGCUUAUGAAAGGAUUUUGAGGAUUGCAACCAGCAUGUGGCUCUUCCUGACCUACUACUUUUUUUUUUAAAUGUACAUUUUCAUGAGUGUUCUCUAUGAAAGACAUGUGCCUAGAUCUCCAAUUGGCAAUCAGUACAGAAAGGUUAACCUCGAGUUGUCUCCUUUCUCGGUUACUGCUUCCCUUUAUCCGAAGCCCAGACCGAAUGUAAUCUGUACAUUUGUAUUGUCUAUAUAGUUAUCUGCUUUUAUCAAUGUUGAUUUAUAUUAAAAAAACAACCCGUUAUUAUUGUUUAACCAUUAUUUCCACUGUUACUCAUGUUUUUUUUUGUUUGUUUUUUGGUCAUUUGUUUUUAGGGGUUGAUAAUGUUUUGUAUGGAUGCACUGCAGAAGAUGCCAUCGAGAGUUUGUUUAAAGAACUUAGAUUUUUAUUUCAAAUAUACAAGAAUACCUAAAAUAUGUACAAUUUGUUUUUUCACAGUCUUAUUUAUUAAGUCAAUUGGUGACUGCAGAAUAUAAGUUGAUGCAAUGUAUAUUUUGUCUAAAAAGCUCUUCAGUGCAUUUUGGAAGCGUCUUGGGGAUUUUUCUUUUUUUUUUAAAGAUAAAUUGCUAUUUUUGUUCUCAUUUAAGACAACUGUUCUGGAAGAUAUUCCAAUAAAACAUUUAAUUUUGAA